ACACACACAAUCUGUUCUCUUCUGCAAGACUGUGGUACCUGCUCCUCUUCUCUUUCCCUUGGCCAUUCCAGUUCUACCAAAUUCAUCUGGUUAAGGCCUCAUUCUGGUCCAGGGAGCCUUCCCUGGCCUCAUUCUGGUCAAUCUUGCUCUCUCUGAGUUUGUGAGGUUAUAAAUCUUAGAUUUUAACUCUUAGAAGGCCCGUUAGUCUGGCAUGGGAAGCAGCAAAAGCGUUGGCAAACACCAGGGUAUGUGGAGAUGAGCCAACCUCGGCCCGCAAACCAUCUGUCUUCCCACGGGUGCUGUGAACACACGGGCAGAGGGGAUGGGUCUGUUGUCUUCCCCGGAAACACGUGGCACUAUGCCAGCCUCCAAGCAGGGACUCCAUGCAGGCUUCUUAACUGGUGGCCCUGCUGCAGGCAAUGGGAGAGGCUGUGCAGAGAAAAGAUUCUGGGGCUCAACUGCAAAAGAAAACCAACUCUGUGCUUCCUAAGGUGGCAGAGACCAGCUUCUGGAUCAUGACAGGCCAGCGCCUCCCUCCCUCAGUCAUCCAGAGGGACCAGGCUGACCAGCCCUCCCCACUGGCAAGGAGACUUCUGUCACAGGAUCCUUCCCUUAGGAAGCCGCCCAAACAUCACCGUGGCACUCAGACCAAGGUGGAAGAAUCACUCCCAACCCUGAAGAACGAUGCCAGUCAGCAAACCAAUUACGGAGUGGCAGUUCUAGAUAAGGAAAUCAUCCAGCUUUCCGAAUACCUCAAAGAAGCCCUCCAAAGGGAGCUGAUCCUAAAACAGAAAAUGGUGAUUCUCCAAGACCUGUUGUCCACGCUGAUUCAGGCCUCUGACAGCUCGUGGAAGGGACAGCUUAAUGAAGACAAAUUGAAGGGCAAAUUGAGAUCCUUAGAAAACCAGCUCUACACCUGUACCCAGAAAUAUUCCCCUUGGGGAAUGAAAAAGGUGCUACUGGAGAUGGAAGAUCAGAAGAACAGCUAUGAGCAGAAGGCCAAGGAGUCACUGCAGAAAGUGCUGGAGGAAAAGAUGAGCGCCGAGCGGCAGCUGCAGAGCACACAGAGGUCCUUGGCCCUGGCCGAGCAGAAGUGUGAGGAGUGGAGGAGCCAGUACGAGGCCUUGAAGGAGGACUGGAGGACCCUAGGGGCCCAGCACAGAGAGCUCGAGAGCCAAUUCCACGUGCUUCAGUCCAAACUUCAGGGAGCAGACAGCCGGGACUCCCAGAUGAACCAGGCCCUGCGACUUCUGGAGAAUGAACACCAGGAACUGCAGGCCAAGAUUGAAUGCCUGCAAAGGGACAGAGAGCUGUGCAGUGUGGACGCCCAGGACCUGCAGGAUCAGCUAAAGAAGUCAGAGGAGGAGAAACUUGCCCUGGAGACCAGAGUCCAGCAGCUACAGAGUCUGCUGCAGAGACAGUCCACACAGAUUCAACAACAGGAGAAACUCUUAACAAAGAAAGAUCAGGCUUUGUCUGUGUGGAGUCCAAAGCCUGCCCAUCAAGAAGCGGAGCCUGAGGGUACAGGGAAGGAGAAAGACUGGGAUCUCAGAGACCAGCUGCAAAAGAAGACUUUGCAGCUCCAGGCAAAGGAGAAGGAGUGCAGAGAACUGCAUUCAGAGUUAGACAACCUCAGUGACGAGUACCUCGCCUGCCUGUACAAGCUGCAACACUGCCGAGAAGAGCUGAAACUGAGUCAGCAGCCACCUCCCAGAAGGCAAUGUGGUCCGUGGCUCCCAGUGCUGAUGGUGGUGACUGCUGUAGCACUGGCAGUGUUCCUGGCCAACAAAGAUAACCUGAUUAUCUGAGUAACUUGUGGCAGCUGCCUUUGGUGAAUAUCACAAGUAAGAAACUCAGUGAGACUCAAGUUUGAAUAUCUGACAACUUGGGUUGUUUUCUUUUGCUUUUCUUCCAACUGAAUUGCAACUUCGGACUUAUUUUCUUUUUUAACUAAUGUAAAUAAAAUUCAAGCUGACCUGA